CAAAGACGAGCUCCUUCCUCCCACAAGUUCUCUUCUUUAAUUCUCUCUGCAACUCCGCUGUGAUCUUCUUCUGCGUGCGGCGGCGAGUCGUACCGACUCAGUGAGUUACCGAUCGAGUUAGAGAUGGGCAUGGGAAGCAACGGCGAGCUUAGGUAUGAGAUCUCGCAGAACGCGUACAUCAAGCUAGUCCUGCACGCGCUUCGACACAAGACGGCGGCGGUCAACGGAGUUUUAGUCGGCCGAAUCAGCCCUAAGGACGAUGGCGUUGUGGAGAUCUCGGAUUCUGUGCCUCUUUUCCACUCCAACCUCGCUCUCCUGCCUCCUCUCGAGAUCUCGCUCAUCAUGAUUGAGGAACAUUAUGUGGCACAAGGUCUGAGCAUUGUCGGAUACUUUCACGCGAACGAAAGGUUCGGUGAUGUUGAACUGUGUGGUGUUGCAAAGAACAUUGGUGAUCACAUUUCUCGAUAUUUCCCUCAGGCCCCAAUUCUCUUGUUAGACAACAAAAAGUUUGAAGCUUUAGCAAAGGGUAAAGAUCGGAGCCCUGUGAUGCAGCUUUAUGUAAGGGAUGCUUCCAAGAACUGGAGAUUGGUAGGAGCAGACGGAGGCAGCAAGUUACUCUUGAAGGAACCAUCGGCUAAUGUAGUUUUGUCAGACUACAUUUCGUCGGAGAAAUGGAAGGACGUUGCAGAUUUUGAUGACCACCUUGACAAUGUCACCAAGGACUGGCUCAACCCGGGACUUUUCAACUGAAGAUGGGCAACAGCUGUUUAAACUUUGUGUUUCCUAAUCUUUGGCACCACAAGUUUCUAGAUUUUCUUGUUUGCAAUACUUAGAAUCUUGUUCAAUUAUUGUUCUGCUACACAAGCAGAGCAUGAGAACUCGAAAUUUGGAUGGAAGGAGAUUGACUUGAGAGCUUCUUCACAUUCACAUGCUUUGAACCUCUUGAAUAUGUAAUGCAAGGCUUUUACCACUGGUACUGCAAAGAUCAAAGCCAUGUGGAUUUGUUUGA